AUAGACCUUUGAUUAACCUACGCACAACAACUAAUGGUUUAUAAAAAUAUUUAUCUGUUUCAGACUCAAAUUGUGUCAAUACAGAAGGAUAUUGGUAGAAUAGAUCACAAAGACCAUUUAAUAAUCAUUCAAACAUAUCUUUGGUGAUUCUUUGGUGUAGUUAGUGAGGUUCGAUAUACGGAAGUGAGUCUCGUUUUGGGUCUCAAACUUGUUAUGGAGUCGGCGAAUGUCUUCUGGAAAUAGCUAUGCAACUUGUGAUGGUUUUCAUGGCGCAAAAACACGCUGAAUCCUCUAUUGCAGAACUAUGGCAGAACAUGAACUGGUGCAAAAUGUAGUGUAUUCAGCACCAGACGAAUAUGAUGCAGGAAUUUCACAUAUGGUAGAUCACAUCAGUUUUCUCAAUGAUGAGGAUGACAUCUUACCACGGAUAACACGCAUUGAUUCUUCGGAGGUUGUGUAUCGGGCUCACAGGAGAGCGAAAUUAGUGGGCAGAUAUUUAAUGGGAGAUAUUUUAGGGGAGGGCUCAUAUGGAAAAGUUAAAGAAGCUCUCGAUACGGAAACUCUACAAAGACGUGCAAUAAAGAUUAUAAAAAGGAGAAAACUGAGAAAAAUAAACAACGGGGAGCAAAAUGUUAAAAGAGAAAUUCAACUCUUAAAGAAACUAAGACAUAAACAUGUUGUUGAUUUGUCGGAUUUACUUGAAAAUGAAGAGAAACAGAAAAUGUAUAUGGUCAUGGAAUACUGUGUCGGAGAAUUACAGGAAUUGUUGGAAGCUGCUCCUGAUAAAAAGUUUCCAAUUUUCCAGGCGCACAGGUACUUCUCUCAGUUGGUGAAUGGGUUGGAGUACCUUCAUGGACAGGGAAUCGUUCACAAAGAUAUUAAGCCUGGUAACCUGCUACUUACAACAGAGGAGGUUCUGAAAAUAACAGAUUUUGGUGUUGCAGAGGCCAUUGAACCUUUUGCUGAAGAUGACACAUGCCACACCAGUCAGGGGACUCCAGCAUUCCAGCCUCCGGAGAUCGCCAAUGGAAUGGAAUAUUUCUCCGGAUUCAAAGUGGACAUCUGGUCCAGUGGUGUCACACUAUAUAAUAUGACGACAGGCAUUUACCCAUUUGAAGGAGACAAUAUAUUUAAGUUAUUUGAGAACAUUGGCAAAGGCCAGUACCAAAUUCCUGAUGGAGUGGAGGACAAUCUCAGAGAUCUACUCACAGGCAUGCUACAGUUUGAGGCAGCAAACAGAUUAGCUUUAGCAGAGAUUAAAAAGCAUGAUUGGGUAAAGAGAAAGCACCCAGUGACUCCCGGAUUUGUGGCGUUUAAGCCGGUUCAUGGACAUGAGGAUUUACUUAGAGGUUUUACAGUUAUACCAUACUUAGAAGAUUUGCAUUUCCACAACAGUGAGGAGGAGGAGGAGUUUGAGGAUCACUAUUUCUCAAGCGUGACAAAUCCUCCAACAGAACUCCACAAUGCUAGUGCUCAAAACUCCAACAAUUGUGAAACACAUAAUACGGAAAAGAAAGAGAAAAAGAGAAGAAAGUCCAAGAGUGGUCUACUGAGUUCGUGUCGUCCGUCGUAAUCGUUACUGAUAUAGCAUACACACACUGUAGAGGGGAGGGGUAGCUUCGUUCGCAGGGAGGGGGGGUUUAUUCUGGAUGGGGAUCAGCUUUAAUAUGUUAGUCUCAUUGUAACCUCUGUGGGCCGAGGACCAGUGUUUUCUGUAAUGUACAGGCAUUGUACACACAGAGCAGACUGUGAUUUGUUUUUAUUACAGUAGUUAAGUUUGUAUAUCCAUUCCAUUGAUGUCAUGUCGAAAAGCCUCAAUGAAAAAUCACUUGUAUAUAAAAAAAAAUUUGUUUGUUAUUUUUGUAGAAUUUGCAAAUACCGUAUACAUGUACAUGUAUCUCGAAUUUUUUGUGCUGGUUUUAUUUUACAAAAUCAAGUCAAAAUAUUGCCCAUGCAUUUAUUUUGUUUAUACCACCACCGCCAAUCCCAGGGAUCAAACAUGGAUCCACAGUGGUGAGAAGUGAGUGCAUCAGCCACUACAUUACCAAGACACCCAAACUCUUAUUUCGUGAAGAUUCAUAACUGUAUAAGGGUUGUUCCAAAAGUUCAUGGACUAUGUCCAUUAUUUUCAAUAGUGUAAAUUGUUUAUAUCAAAUUUAUUUACAGGCGGUACUUCAGAAGUACAUGUACAUGUAUUUUGUAGAUAAUGUGCAAAGUUUUAACAAAAUGCCUUGAAAUUCUUUAAUUCAAGAGUAAUUACUGUUCACACCUCAGGUCAGUGGACGACGAUGUCAGAAUUACAGUGAAUGUCAAGAUGCACAGAGAGAAAUCUUUACUACUAUAUAAAUGUACAGUGUACAUGUAUACAUAUACUAAAAACAUGGUUGUUCUUUGUGGUAAACAGGAGAUAUAUGGAUUUUUCCUGUUUAUCUGACAGAAUGUAUGUCUUGUGAUUUUUAUGGUGUUUUUUAGAAGCCUAAGUGAACUUUACUGAUCGCCCGUCGUCUGUCUAUCCGUCUGUAAAUUUAUUUUACAUUUUCGACUUCUUUUCCAGAACCGCUAGGCCAAUUUCAACCAAACUUGACAAAAAGCAUCUUAGGUGAAGGGCUUUCAAGUUUGUUCAAAUGAAGGGCCAUGCCUCCUUCAAAGGGGAGAUAAUCACAAAAAUGCACAAAUAGUGUGGGGUCAUUUAAAAAUCUUCUCAAGAACCACUAGACCAGAAAAGCUUAAAUUUACAUAAAAGCUUCCAAAAAUAGUGCAGAUUUAAGUUUGUAAAAACCAUGAUCCCCGGGGGUAGGUUGGGGCAACAAUAGGGGAUCAAAGUUUUAUAUACAAAUGUAUAGGGAAAAUCUUUAAAAAAUCUUCUUCUCAAGAACCAUUGGGCCAGAGAAGUUUACAUUUACAUGAAAGCUUUCUGACAUAGUACAGAUUUAAGUUUGGUAAAUUAGGUAGGGUGGGGCCACAAUGGGGGAUCAAAUUUUUGCAUGUGAAUAUAUAGGGGAAUCUUUAAAUAUGGGCUAAGGUGAGUGAUGUGGUGCAUGGGCCUUUUGUUUAAAUGCCUAGUGGAUAUAUAUGUCAGGAAGUGCUAGUAAGAGAUUGGUAAUGAAAGAGAAUCUGAGUGGGUUUGAAUACUAUUGCAGAGUUUUUCACUUCUUUUAUCUUCUACUUUCCUAAAUCUUAAUUUUCUAACGCAUUUUUCUCUCGAAAACCAGCAUGGAUACCCUGCCUUUAGUUUGGUUUUAGCAAUUCAUUAUUACUUAAGUGACAUAUCAGACUGGAGUUCAUUUAAAAACAAGAGGCCCUUGGACCACAUCACUCACCGGAGUCACCUUGGGCCUGCCUUUGUUCAGCUGUUGUGAUUUUUAAAAGAUUUUUUUAUCAAUCUAUUCCCAUGAAAAAUUUUGACCCCAUAUUGUGGCCUCUACAUAGCCCCAAAGGAUCACAACAUAACUGAAAGUGAAUUCGCACAACACAGCUAUGCCUCAACAUACCGACCAACAUACAUACAGACAUAUCUCAUUAAAUAGUCCAGGAGAUACUGAUUAAGUCAGGUUUUUUUAAAAAGUAGGUCAAGGUCACAAGAUCUUGUCAUGAAUCUAUAUACAAAAUAUGAAAGCCAUAUCUUAGAUAGCAGGUUAUGUUUUCUCAAAAGUAGGUCAAAUUCCAAGGUUAUAAUAUGAAAUAAAAGGUCUUGCCAGAAGAAAUCUAAAUACAAUAUAUGAAAAA